CCAGGCAGAGCCCGAAGAGCCGUCAAAUGAGUCCACGAAUGAUUCGGAUGCUGACAACGAAACAACCGACUCCGAUGGCAACUCGACCUCAACCAGUUCGACCACUACCAGCAGUACCACUACGAGUGUCAGUAGCACUUCAACACAGACGGUCACCAGCACCUCGACGAGCAGCAGCAUCACCUCUAGCAGCACGAGCACAAGUUCGACUUCCACCUCCAGCACCUCGAGCACAAGCAGCAGCUCAAGCUCCAGUAGCACCACAAGCACCAGCACAACCAGUAGCUCUACAUCCACUGACCUCAAUAUGUCGGAUGCUGUGAACUUGAGCUCCUUCGAGCUUUGUGUCGCCGCCUGCCAGGAUGCCCUGGCUGCUGCAUAUAAUGCUUCAGGGAAUCUGAGCACCAACCUCACGAUUCAGCUGGCAGCCCGAUGUUUCAAGCAAUGCAUGGUGAAUCGGACGAUUGGCGAGCCCAAGCAAAGGUUCUGCGACAUCCUGGACGUAACAUUAUUCCGGCUGAUUCCAUGCCCGCUGAGCGCGGGGCUCCACAGUGUGUCUGUGAAGCCAACGACCUUGGGCUUUGCAGACCGCGCCAGCAGAAGUAAAGCAGACUUCCACAUCACGCAAGAGCUUCGAACAGCCAGUAUGGAGCCUUAUGGAGGAGUGUCGGCUGGCGGCAAGGUGGUGACAAUCACUGGCGUCGGUUUUGAUGAAGAUCCCAAAAAAGUCCAUGUGGCCUUUGAAGAUAUCGGCCCCUGCGAGGUGAUUGAAAACUCUCCCAGGCACCUGAAAUGUUUAUCGCCGCACAUCAGCGAUUGGCGUUUCCAAGAGCUUUGGAACACCUCCACGAAGAGCUUUGUUCACAGUGAUGGCACCAUGGUGGUGAGUGUGCCUGUGCACGUUGUGGUUGCUUUCUCAGUAAAGCCUUCCAGGUACCAAAGCACUGCAGAAAGCGUUUAACGGUUUAACGCUCAAAAAGAACUCCAAGAAACGAUGCGACUAU